GUGUAGAUGCAAUGCAUGGAGGCAGUGACUGACUUGCAUUGCUAUGGGCAGGCCCCAAUGAGUGAAAACUUUUUCUAUAAGACAUGGAUUACGCAGUAAAUAGAGUUGAGAUGUAUAAUAAUAUUUACAUCUGCAGAUCAGUUGUUAAAAUUGUGUUUGAUACAAACAUACAGUUUUAUUGUUAGUUAGUUCACAUUGUGAUACUGUGUAUUACUGUAGUGUUUGUUGUAAAUCUAUGAAUGCCAUGCAGGGACAUCAUGAUGCAGAGAGUCAAAGUGGGGGAGAAACAGGAGCACACAAAAAUGGAAAGUGAGACUGAGUUAUUAGUGAGAAGCUAAGAUAUCUCUUAGAUGUGAAAAGUAUCAUUUUUAUUUACUCUUGUAGGGCAAACCGUUGCACUAAUUUACAGAUUUGUUCAAGAAGAACAAAACUUGUUUUUUAGAUUUUAUUUUUGUUGGUCAAACUACUGUAUUGAGUUUAAAACUGAAUCCAGUUUUACUAGCUGUUUUUUUAUUUAGGGUUUUAGAAAAAGGCAGAACCAGUUCCAUUGCCAGUCAACUUAUAUCAGUGCAUUUUUGACCAAUAAUCAAAUGUAUUUUGGUCAAUAAAAUGUAUCAGAAUCUGGUAGCAAUCCCAUGUGUGCUGCCAGAUUGUUUAGCUUGCUAGUUGUGAGGCAAACUAUAAAGUAAGUGUACAGUCCUAGAAUGACAGUCACUAUGCUUGAUCAAAGACUCAAGCCAUUGUGUUCCAGAUUAAAUUGAAAAGAUGUUUUUUGGGGCAGUUUGCAACCUUGAAAUCAAGGUUGCAAACUGCCCCACACAUGUAUGUGUGGUGUAGUUAAUUUAAUACCAGGUGUAUAGUUACUUUGAAAAAGUAACUUGGUUACUCAACUAGAAUCCAUUAAAUAGAAAAUGUGCUUCUCUGUUCCCUCCAUUGUUUACUUUUGUGUUGCUGGUGUUAUGCGAGACAUAACUGCCCAAGGAAAAAGAGGAAAGCAACAAUAUAUGUUUUUACUAAAUAAAAUUAGACUUAUUUAAUUGUCAUUGCACAAAGACACAUAAGUGAAAUUGGUAAUGAAAUGUCAUUGCUUGGCCACUGGAGCACACACAAAAAACACAAGUGUGCCUGUAAUAUAAAAUGACAAAUUCUAAAAUUACAAACACAGUACCUUAGAUACAUAACUUUAAUCUGAUUACUGGAUUUUAAAUAGUAAUAUGUUUGAUUACUCGUUAGAAGGGAUCAGAUUAUUGUUUAUGGCAUUUCUGCUCAAGCUAUUUACGGAUCUGUCAGGUUUCCAAUAUGUGUCACCCCCAAUCAUAAACUCGUUCCUACGCCCUUGGGCAUUAUAUAAAAUAACAAUAGUUUAUUAUUUUUAAAGCAAGCUUUGAUCAUUGACCAUCCAGUUGGUAUGAAGUACUGUCAUCUUUAAUUUAUUCCUGAAUGAAUACUGUUGUUGAAUAUUAUUAUUCAAGUGUAGAUGAGUGCAAUAUAAGAUGAUCAUUUUUGGCAUGUCAAAAAAUCCCUGAAAUGAUUCAGUUUACUAAAGAUUUUUGAAUGUUUAUUUCCACAGAGAGUCACAGCUGGGUUUAAAAGGACAAUACCUGAACUGACAGACAGAAACCUCGACAACAACCCCUCCUCCAACAACAAUCUUGCCGGUGAUUUUUCUACGCUUGCAUACCCACAGAAUUUGAUUGCCAUGGAGAUUAAUCCCUCAUGUACAGCAACAGACCUAGAGACAGAUAUCUGUUUUAGCUGUGGCAAUCAGGAGUCACAGGAACUCCCAGACCUAAAGGUUCCAAAGGUGGAAGCAGUGGCAGAAAACAGAAAUGAGAAAAGAGAUGAAUGUGACUACCUUUAUUUUAAAACUGAAGAGGAGAAGGAAAGAGAAGUACAGUAUGACAGUGAACGAGAGGAGGAAGAAAAUGGUGGGAGAGUAGAAACUGAAGAAGAUGAAAGAAGAGGGGAAGUGGAAGGACAGGAUGACGGAGGAGUAGACCUAGAAGGAGAUAUUCAACAAGGAAGAAACAUAGUUGAGCACAGAGGAAGAGUAGAGAGGGAAGAUACAAAAAAAGAAGAAUCAAAAAAUUAUAAUCUGGGGAACAGAGAAAUAGAAGGGGCGGAUGAAGGUAGAGAAGACACGGAUAAAGUAAAUAUAUGGAUAACAGGAAUUCUGGGGGAAAUUAAGCGAGAUGCUUCAUCAGAUCAGAUUUUUGUUAAUGAAAAUCCACAAAGUUUAUUGUCUGAGCCCUCAGUUAUCCCUUCAGAUCCACCAGAAUCCACACUACAGGAGGCCUGGAGACAUGACUUAGACAACAGAGAUAAUCUCAGUGAAAGCCACCUCAGUGACUCCCUCAAAGCAGAGCUGGCUGUUGUGUACUCAGAAAGUGAUUUUGGGGAGGACCAAUGGCUAGCCUUAACUUGCUGUGAUGAGACUGACCAUUUAAAAGAAAACAGAGAUUAUGCUGAUGACACAUACAUUGCACAGAGCAUGAAGGAUGAUGAAGUGGAAGAAGUACAAACUGAAGUGCUGAAGUUGGAAGAAAGAGUGGUGGAUAAGCAAAAUGAGAAGAAGAGUAAAGUCAUGGAGAACAGUGAAGAACUGACUAAGUCAAGAAGAGAUAUUUUCCUGCGUUCUCCUUCGGUGAGCUCCACAGCCAGCUCAACUGACCCUGAAAGUAGGAUUCCUUUAGAUUUCUAUGUGCAACAGGAGACCCUCAGUGAGAAUGUCUCUACUGAGCAUGUGGACUUUUUGGUUGCUCGCCAGCAGUGGAAGAAGAUGGAGGAGGAGGUCAAAGGUCUGUCUAUCCCCAAACCAGGACUGGGAGCUAAGAGGAGCUUCAAAGGCACCCAUUCUUCUUUGUACCCCCCAACUCGAUGUCCCCGUCUCAAACACAGGUAAGACAAUGCCAAGCCAUUGUUUCAGGGUAUUGUUUGGAGAAAAGCAAAUGCCAUAUUAGCACAAACUUCAACCAACCUUAAAGCA